CAUGGGGGCAUGUCAAUCAUUCUCGCGUAUCUCGCCCCGACGAUCUCCCCUCUGAAAGUUCUCCCCCUCUCCUACCCGCCCCUAAAGCUUAUCAAAUAUUUGUAAUUUGUAAUUGAAACGUGCCUACGUUUGUCGCUUCGAUGAUGAAUUUGACGCGAUCCUCGUCAGUCCUAUCGUACAUUUUGUACAAUCUCACGUGAAUCGCGUGUAUUAUGGUGAAAUGGCAUAGUCGUGCCGAUGUGCAGGAAUAUGCUGUCAGCAUCGGGAUAAGCAACGAUCACGCUCGUCAGAAGACGUAUCUUGUGUCGUUUUGGCUAUGUCGUAUUUGAAAAAUAAAGAAUGGGUUGCGUCAAUAGCAGAGCAGACGUUAAUGAUCUGCAUCCCAAUGUUUUUCAAGUAAUGAAUAUAGACGAUGACGGUAAUUUCAUCUCCCCUGGACGUUUGGAAGUCACCGAAGUAGACAUUAUAUUGUAUCAACGUAACAAACAGCCAAUUAAAUGGCCAUUGCGCUGUUUGCGACGGUACGGAUAUGAUCUGGAGGGACUCUUUAGUUUUGAAUCAGGCAGACGCUGUUCCACAGGUCCUGGUAUAUAUGCUUUCAAGUGUAGAAGAGCUGAAGAAUUGUUUAAUCUUGUACAGACAAAAAUUCAGGUACGCAACAACAGUGGAGAUGAUACGCUAUCCAGAGACCUUCCAAUCCCGUCGCAUUCUGUUACAUCAGUAGCAAAUGUGGCAAUACAAAUGGAGCCUAAUUAUUUGGAUCCAAUAUCAUCUAGAAGUAACAAUCGUACGAGUUCCAGAUUUCCUUACAGCCAGCAAAACGGUAUCCGAAGAUUAAACAGUGUUGAAAGCAGUAGUAGCCCAAUAUCACCCCAAGGAACCUUGGGAUCACCGUCACCAUCCCCUGUGCUGCCACCACCGCCACCGAUUUCUCAGCCUCAUCCGUCCUCCCUGUAUGUCAAUGAGGAAGUUUUGUCAUCUCUCCCCAUUGUAAUGGAGCGCAACAAUAACAAAAGCCUUGGAAGGGCAGUACAAAGAUUACCACAUAACGCUUCUACGGUCAAUAACGCGACGCCCAACAGUGGACCUGUGGAAACGGAAUUGAUACCCAUUCAGUGUAGCACAGAAAUAACCAAUUAUGACGCAACAUCACCAUUACCGACUGUAGCGCCCUAUAUGAACAUAGACAUCUGUAGCGAAUCCAACCCAAUCUCGCCAGUGCAUAGUACUUCCGAGACGAAUCAAUUCAAGAAAGAAAGCAACGACACAGAUGGAUCUGAACACGCAUAUAUGAACAUAAGUCCUGGACAAGAUCACACAGAAAAUAUUGCUGUUAGGGUGCGUCCGCCUCCAUUGCUUGUCUUACAUCCAGACGUGGAAGAAGGCUCCAGGCAUUGCUACGCUAAUCUAGAAGCAAACGAAAUCGAAAGUCUGAGGAAGAGAUUCUCUGGCACUUCGGUAGCUGAGAGGUCGCCCUUGGCACCUUCCACGCCAACGGGAUGCCUGAUCAGGGAGGUAAAUUAUGCAGUUUUGGAUCUGGAUAAGAAAGACGCACCAGCCGGCGUGUCGAACAAUGCGGUAAACAUUGCUCCUUCUCCUCCCGAAUCUCCGAACAAGCCGCAGAAAGGCUACGCCACGAUAGACUUCAACAAAACGGCUGCUCUCUCACACUCUGUUAAUUCCAACCUCGUGAACGAUAACGAAGGCUGCAGAAAAACUCGCCACAACUCUACGAUAAGCGACCUGGUAGCUCCGUGCAGGCACAAUUCAGUAAGUGAUUAAGCGAGUGAAAUAUUUUAUAGAUUAUAUCGUAUAACGAUGUUCGUAUAACGACUGUCUAUCGUGUUCUUCGCUGUAGGAAGAGAAAAAAAGUUGGAAAAGAUCGAUUUAAUUUUAUCAUGAGCUUCUGGAACUCAUUCAUGUCGUUUGAUUACGCGUUAAACUUCCAAAGUUUCUCAGUACACUGGAGACUACAUAGUAGUUGAUAUAUAUACCAUGAGAUAUUCUAGUGUAUGAAUUUGUACACACACACAUACACACAAGUUUUCAGUGCAUUUUAUCAGAGCAACAGUAUUCAGACAUAGUCUUUUUUCCAAGUCAGAAAUAAGACAGCAUAGAAAAAAUGUUUUUAUAUGAGAAACGAGUAGAUAAGUUUUUAGUACUUCAUGCAAGCAAAUUUUUUACAUUUAGCAUUUUACAAAGUAACACGGAGGAAUUGGAAGCUAAAGUGCCCUAAUCUUUUUCUGUAAAUAUCGUAGAAAUUAAUGUGGCUCAAGUGAUCAUAAGGAAUACACAAAGUAUGGUGUAAUGUAAAGAAAGUAUGAUAUAAAUUACCAUUGUAUAUGAUAAUGAGAAUCAUAUAGAGAUUUUUAAGUAAUUGCUGUCAUUUAUAUUCAUUUAUUAUAUUCAUCACGAGAGCUAAUAACAACAAAGUGUAAGUUUAAUAUGAAUAUUUAUAUAACUGGAGUAAUCACUUAAAAUAAAAUUGUGGAUGGCAUAUUCAUUUAAAU